AUGAUGGACAGCAGCAGUCGACGGCACCCAGAAUUUGCGACAGAUCUGCAGAUCGAUCAUAUCAAAUGGGGUAAGGCAAAGGAGUACCCGCACACGGGAUGCCAAAGGGAUGCGGAAUGUCGGGUAUUCCAGGAGUACCUGCACACGGGAUGCCAAAGGGAUGCGGGACAUUCCACACUGGUCCGGGGUAUUCCAGGAGUACCCGCACACGGGAUGCCAAAGGAACGUGGCCCAUUCCGCGCUGGGGUGACACACCCACAGCCUAUCUUGCUGCCAGGGUUGGUCCCUAGAGUCACUCUCAUUCUCCCCAACCCUGCCCUCUGGAGGUCACUCACAUUCUCCCUCGACCCUCCCCUCGAAGGUCACUUCAGAGUCACUCCAUUCUUCCGACCCUGCCCCCAGGGGUCAGUCCCCAGGGUCACCCAUAUUCUCCCCUGA